AUGGAUCUCAAGCUAGUAUUCAGCGCUCACAGUCCAUAAUUCUGCCCUGAAGACUCAUGAUUCAGAUGUUGAGACCCUUACCUCUGAUCUGUAGGCCCAUCGUUCUGUGCUGUUUAAGCUGAGUUUUGACCUUGAUGUGACCCACAAGACCUACAGACCACAGGAGGUUGGUGGCACCUUAAUUGGGGAGGACUGGCUCGUGGUAAUGGCUGGAGCGGAAUGAGUUGAACGGUAUCAAAUACAUGAAACACAUGGUUUCCAUGUGUUUGAUGCCAUUCCAUUCACUCCGUUCCAGCCAUUAUUGUGAGCCAUCCUCCCCUCAGCAGCCUCCACUGCUACAGACCCAUGCCAUGGAACUGUAGACUCUUGUUGUGUUGCGUACGACCCACUCCUCUGCUCCCCUCCCACCAGGUCUGAGCAGUCUGGCCCAGGUAGAGGAGUACCUGUCUCAGGUCGAAUGGACAGGGAUGAAGACCCCCGAGUGUAGUCAGACCGUCCAUCACUAUAGCUUCACCGCAACCUGGGUCACCUCUACACCGCCACGGACAACCUGGAGGGAGCGCUGUUGCACUUUGCCAACGACAUGA